UUCUCAGGGCGGCCAGUCGCGAGCCCCACGCACCGCGCGCCAAACUUUUCACGGGACUUGGCAAAGUAUUUUACGAUACUUGAACACCCCUUAAUCACUAUCUCGCGUGUGCCAGACGCAGUAUAAUCGUUUAUGAUACACCAGAAUGAUUUAAAACCGUUUUUUGAAAAAGAUGCCACGAUUUUCUUUGGGUUUUCAAACUUGAUGUUAAUGUUGUUUUAAUUAUUGUAAUGAGGGUUGAAUUGAUGAUGGAUCUACCUUAGGGCCCGUAAAUAUCCAUAUGAUAACAAUGACGUAUCUACUAAAUUUAAGUGUUACUUUUGUCGUAAAAAUGUUCCUAGCCCUACUCUACCUGGACUUGCUGUUCACGAGGUCUACAUUUGCAAACACAUACGAGCCCGGCUUCAGCGGCCCCAUAGAGAACGUGACGGCCCCCCUGGCGCGGGAGGCGGUGCUGGCCUGCGCCGUCCACAACCUCUCCUCAUACAAGGUGGCGUGGCUGCGGGUGGACACGCAGACGAUCCUCACCAUCCACACGCACGUGAUAUCCCGCAGCCGGCGCGUCGGCGUCACGCACACGGACCACCGCGUGUGGUUCCUCCACAUCCGCGAGCUGAGAGAGACCGACCGCGGCUGGUACAUGUGUCAGAUCAACACCGACCCCAUGAAGAGCCAGCUCGGCUACCUCGAUAUUGUCGUUCCGCCCGAUAUAUUGGACCGCGGGACGAGUAUGGACCAGACGGUGCGGGAGGGUGCUUCAGUGAGUUUGACAUGCGUGGCGACGGGCUCACCUCAUCCGCAGAUUACGUGGCGCCGGGAACACUCCCAGCCCAUUACCAUAUCGGACGGCGUACAGGUGUCAUCGUACGAGGGUCCAGUGCUGAACAUCAGCCGCGUGGUGCGAGCACACGCGGGCGCGUACCUGUGCAUCGCCUCCAAUGGCAUUCCGCCCACCGUUAGCAAGCGGAUCAUGCUUACUGUGGAGUUUCCACCGUCAAUAAUCAUAAGAAACCAGUUGGUGGGGGCGCCGCUGGGCUCGGACCUGGUGCUGGAGUGCGAGGUGGAGGCCUACCCCAAGCCCGUCAGCUACUGGAGCAGGGACAGCGGGGAAAUUGUACCUGUUGGCGGUAGUAUAGAGCCAUUAAAGAUAACUGGAUCGUAUCGAUCUAUUCUCCGGCUGCCGCUGAAGAGACUAACGAGCAGCGAUUAUGGCACAUACAAGUGUAUCUCGAAGAAUGCCCUGGGUGAUACCGAGGGCACCAUUAAGUUAUACCCCAUACCACCACCUGCUCUGGAGAAUAAAAAUGCUAUUCAGAAACUCAACAUCAUGGUGGAAAAGUCUUCUGAUAUCACACCGUAUGGUACUCAAGAUUUCAGAUUGCAAGAUUACAACAGGGGAGCGUCUAAGCAGCUCUAUAGAAGACUUUUGUUUCCAUUGUUUAUUAUUAUUAUAAAAUUAACAUUUUAAAUUUGUUAUUCGGUAUUCAGUAAUAAACAGAUAAAUGUUUUCUCAGACAAUAGGAUAUUGUAAAAUAAUUUUUGUUCAAAACACAAAGGAUUAUAAAGGUACCUAGUGUGAUUCACUGAUCUAUAAUAUUAA